CGAACAUGUUCCGGGAGGAGGUGUAAAAAUUGUACAUUUUCAUAUGGAGUUCUGCACCAGAAAAGUUGUGACAGUUGGUUGUCGCAUGGUCACUUUGCUGUGUGUUUUCCUCUUUAGUCGCUGUUAGUGGAUGGAAAGCAGUUUAGCACAGCAGUGAAGAGUUGCUGCUCGCUGAACAGCAGAAGCCAGAGAUCGACCGAAUUCAUCUGUUUCUGUGUAAACUGUAAAGAUGUGUCCUGGAUUAACCGGAUCGAGACAGCGCUGAAGUCAGCCAUGCCUACAGAGAACCGGGCUGCUGGAGUCGCCUCGAAGACUGGGACGACGAAAGACAGACUUUUAAAAGCCAAGGAUGGGUCAUUACGCUGAAACGGGACUUCAGACUGCUGCAAAGAACCUGUUUUACCCGAGUCUGCUCCAGCUUAGCGUCCCCCUCUUCGACUUCCUGUGUGUGACUUUCCCCCCUGCAUUGCUCCACAAGUCAGUAUAUACACGUCGCCCUUAGGACUGACUGAGCGACAGUAGGGGGAACACUGUAUCUCCAGUCAUGUCCAGGUCCACUCGGCGGUACAAGCCUCUGCAGCAGAGCAACGGCAGCGGCUCUUUCUCUAGCUGUGAGCGGAUUCGGAUGCCACGGGCCCGGGUGCUGCUGCUGUGUCUCCUCGGGGUUCUGCUGCUGGCGGUGGUGCUGGGAGUCUACCUGUCCAACGACACCACCGCUGGACAUGUGAACCGCAUGCCCGCUGCAGAUCUGACCAAAGACAGGUUGUCCCACAAACCCAGUAAGUGCUCUCCAGCUCAAAUCCGCCGUCUGGCCUCUCAGGUGGACGGGACUCGUCUGUGGGAGACUCACCUGAGGCCCAUCCUCAAAGAGAGGCUCCCAGGGACACAAGGCAGUCUGGCUGUACAGCAGCACAUCACCUCCACAUUGUCCUCGCUGUCUGCUGGCUGGUCCGUAGAUCUAGACUCCUUCCAGUCUCCAACCCCUAGAGGCCAGGUCACCUUUACUAACAUCAUUGCCACUCUGGACCCUUCAGCCCCUCGGAGGCUGCUCCUGGCUUGUCACUAUGACUCCAAGGUCCUGCCUCCAGACCCCCGGGCCCCAGAGAGGGUGUUUCUGGGAGCCAGUGACUCGGCAGUGCCCUGUGCUAUGAUCCUGGAGCUUGCCACUUCUCUGGAUGCCCAGCUUAGAUCAUUCAAACAGCAGAAACUUCCAGUCUCUCUUCAGCUUGUGUUUUUUGAUGGCGAGGAGUCUUUUGAAGAGUGGACCGCCACAGACUCGCUGUACGGCUCUCGUCACCUGGCCGAGCGCAUGGCCAACACGCCUCACCCCGCCAGCUCCUCGCACACCACCAUGCUCCAGGCUGUGGACCUGUUUGUUCUGCUGGACCUGCUCGGUGGUCCCGAUCCACUGAUUGCAAAUCACUUUGACAACACGGCACGUUGGUUUGAUCGUCUGAUUGCUGCAGAGAAGAGACUCCAUCGACAGGGCCUUUUGGCGUCUCAUCCCUCAGAGCAGACGUAUUUCAGGAAGGAUGUUUAUCUUGGACCUGUCCAGGAUGAUCACAUCCCCUUCCUUCACAAAGGUGUCCCUGUGCUACAUGUCAUUGCUACUCCCUUCCCACAGUUCUGGCAUACGCUGGAUGACACAGAGGAGAACAUGCACCGUCCCACUGUAGAGAACCUGACCAAGAUCAUGGCUGUGUUCCUGGCUGAAUACCUGGGUUUCUGAACACAAAACAAACACUGACAGAUAUAUUUGUGGUGAAGGUCAACACAGCUGUCACCUGAAUCAACCUCUGUUCACUUUUACACUGCGCUGGAGUACUAGUGCUGUUUAUCACACUGGUUACGAAUAAAUGACGCAGUGCACAAGAGGAGACCCCAGUGAAAUGAACUAAACUGAUCUGGGAUACCAGCUGAACUUUACCAAAGACUUGUCCCUGCCGAACUGUCCGGUCUCCUUGGUUUCAUGUAGUGGGUGAAUUGGGGACCCUAAAUGUCCCAAAUAUCUGGGCAUAUGAAGUGGAUACAGAGUCUUAAUUAUAACAUUAUUGUAAUGGUUAAUGAACAUGGUAACCGAGAAGCUGCGAAAUGUGCUUGUGAUUACAAAAGCACAAGGAAUUAAUAUUUUUUUCUUCAUUCCUGUGAAAAAAAAAAAACAAUCAUAGCCUUAUC